AUGGCCUCAACAGCUCUCUCCGACAUCCGGGACUCCAUCAGUCGCCAGCCCGAGCGCGACCCAGAUAUUCAGGCGACGCUAUCCGACUUCCUGGCCUACACCGAGCACUUCCCUUCACAUCUGACGCGGGCCUUGACCCUCAUCGAGGAGCAACGGAGAAAAGCCGAAAAGAGGAUCAAGGCGAUCGAUGAUGACACAAUCACCUUCAGCACGCUGCCCUCGCUCAAGGACAAGCCUGAUCCCACCGAACUGAGAAAAACCAUUAGUUAUGCUCUGCAGGAAGCCGAGAACGCGUGCCGUAUGGCCCUGGAAGAGGCGAUCCGCCUGGACGAGGAAUGUCAGAGGGAAGCCAAGAGACUGGACAUCGUCACGGAGAAGUUGGAAGCUCAGCCCAAACCGCCCUCUCGCGAUGCUACGCCCGAGCAGCAAGGUCUGACGUCGCCAAACUUGAAGCGUGAGCGAAGAAUGAGCGCAAGAGCAGAGGAAGCUAGGUAUGUCCAGUAACAUACUUAUGAUACAGCAUAUACCUGACCGAUGAUUAGACUAGAAAAGCCACCACGACGCGAAGACAAGGCCGCAAGCAAGCUACGCGGUCGCAAGGUCAUGGUACCCGGAGAGGUGCUUCCACCGCCCGAUCCAACCCUUCCCGUUGAGAGCAUAAGCGACUGGACUUCACCACCCGCCUCGCCUCCCCUUCUCGAAGAGCCGCUGGCCGUUCCUGGUACGAGCCAGAAGAAGGCUACAACUCCUCGGCCACGCUCCCGAACACCAAAGGCUCCGAAACUUGAUAAAACAAACGACAAGGAAAGAGACGGAGACAGGAAAACCCCAAAGCCGCGAGGGCCCCGUGCACCUGGACAGCCAGGAACCAAUGCACACAGUGCGGUCGCUGGUAUCAGCACCUCCAACGCUCUUCUAGCCCUGACCGAGCCGCCCCAAGAUGUUGUGAAUGGGAGUAAAUGGCUGCCUUGGGUCAAACUCACGGAGUGGGAGAUGGCAAAACUCCGCAAGCGAAUGAAGAAGAACGCCAUAUGGAUACCAUCCCAGACCAUGGUCAGGCGUGAGCUCAAAAACCUGGGGCGUGGACUAGCCGGGAAAGAGGCCGCAAGACAGAACGCAGAGGCCACGGGCGAGCCCUUCGUGGACGAACAUAACGAGCCAGACCCAACCAAAGUUCUCAUCAGCGGAGAGGAAGCUACGCAGAUCAACGCGAUGCUCGGGCCACAGGUAUAUGCAGAUGACGAGGACGCUGAUGCCGAAUUGAUCAAUCGGGGAAUGCGCCUCAAUGAAGCUAAGAAAUUGAAGCGACAGAGGCUCCUCGAGGAGCAAGCGCUGCAGGCUCAGCUCUCCCGCGAGCAAGGAGUUGAACCUCCGGAGCCAAGCAAGGCGUCUCCAGAACAGAAGAAGAGGAAGCGAGAUUCCUCGCCUGCUGGUGCUGCUGCUACGACCGAGGCCGAAGACAAGGUGAAACCUGCGCCGAAGAAAUUGAAGAUUGCUCCACCUGCUCCGCCCGGUCAGACGUCAAAGGUACCACUCGCACCUGCGGGUGCGUCGCCAAGAUCAGCAUCGACCCGCAAUCGCCGUGCAGCUACUCCACCCGCCAGUGCCAGUACAAGCCGAAAGCCUACGAUCACCUUAAAAGUUAGUAGGGCCGUUUCGGAGGAUCCUUCGAACAGACGAGCAAGCUUGCGCCGCAACAGCAAUACGAGUAUGCCAAGCGCCGGCCUGCUGCCCAAUAACGUGACCUCUCCGAAGGACGCGAGCAUCACGAAGAGUGGUCGCCGAUCCCGAAGACCUGCUCCUGGAGUGAUUCAAGCCCACGACGAGGAAAGUGCGAAAGCUAGUGUUUCGAAGCGGAAAGCUGCUCCACGUAAGAGGGGAGAGCUGGCGUCACUCGAACCGAUUCCGGAUGCGAAGGAGGAUGAUAUUGAUCCUGACGAACCUCGUUACUGUAUCUGUUCGGAUGUCUCGUGGGGGACAAUGAUUGCGUGUGACAAUGAGGACUGUGAAAAAGAGUGGUUCCACCUCGAAUGUGUCGGUCUUGGUGGGCUUCCACCACGGCGUACUAAGUGGUACUGCCCUGAUUGUCGCAAGAAGUUGAAGCUAGGGCAUUCUACCAAUGGACUUGUCGGAAGGACCGUUCCAAAUCGAUAA